AUGAGUAAAAUAAAAAAAAUUGUGACAGUAGGUGAUGGUGCGUGUGGAAAAACAUCUCUUUUGACGACUUUUAGUUUGAAUGCUUUUCCCGAACGUCAUGUGCCCACGGUAUUUGACGCAUAUUCAAAAGAUAUCGAAGUGGACGAUCAGACAGUUACGCUAGCUUUGUGGGACACAGCGGGAGAAGAAGACUAUGAUAGGCUUAGGCCGUUAUCCUAUUCGAGGACAAGUGUAGUGCUCAUUUGUUUCGCCGUAGACUUUCCAGAUUCCUUAUCCAACGUUAAGGAAAAGUGGUACCCUGAAGUAAAACACUUUUUACCUUACGUCCCAUAUAUACUUGUAGCAAAUAAAUUGGACCUAAGAACUGAUCCCGAAGCAAUCAAAACUUUAGGCGACAAAAACCUGCACCCAGUUAGUCAAGAAGAAGGAGAAAGAAUGGCUAAAAAGAUUAAGGCUACUAAAUAUAUGGAAUGCUCGGCCAAACAUCUUUUUGGAAUUAAACCAAUUUUUGAAGAAGCGGCUCGUAUAGCACUCGAAACCAAAACUAAGAGUAAAAUGAAACAUUGUAAAUUUAUAUAG